GAAAUUGUCAUCAAACUUGUCGCCCGUUUAAACGCCAUAUGCGAACAAGUAAAUUGGUUGUUUAAAGUAAACACAAUUUGCAAAACCAAACACUUGCUUUGCAUACGAUAGAUGCUCACUUUGGUAUAGUGGCUAAAACUGUAGAAUACAAAAUCCCCCAUCUUGAAUGUCAAAUGUUUCACUCUUGUCACGUGGCACGUUGGACCGACCUGCUCGGUUGCCAUGGAGAUUCUGGCUGAAUCCGAUGCACACUUUGCAGGACAAGAGAGCUUGCUUUGCUGGCUAGCUUGUUAGCAGACAAGCGACAAAUUCGUUUUUAGUUGGACUUUCGCACUGAAAACGCGGCUGAGUGACACACGAUAGCGCCAAGGUAGCAAGCGCAUACGCAUUAGCAAACAAGAGAUGGAGAAUGGAAAGAUGCAGUUCUCUGUGCCAGUAAGCAGAGACAGGGUCAUAUCCAAGUUUCCUAAGUGGUACACCCCUCAGUCCUGUCUGCAGACCAAGGAUCACUGGCAUGUCCGGGUGAAGACCGCCUGCAAGGAACGGGCCCCCUGGAGCCUGGGAAUGAAAAUGUCAAAGGUGGUGGUGGUGGGAGACCUGUACGUCGGCAAGACGUGUCUCAUUAACAGGUUCUGUAAGGACCUAUUCGACAGGGACUACAAGGCCACCAUUGGCGUGGACUUUGAGAUCGAGAGGUUUGAGCUGUUGGGGGUUCCCUACUCCCUACAGAUCUGGGACACAGCUGGCCAGGAGAAAUUCAAAUGCAUCGCCUCCACCUACUACAGAGGAGCUCAGGUGAUAAUCAUCGUCUUCGAUCUGGCCGACAUCCGGACUCUGGAGCACACGCGGCAGUGGCUGGUGGAGGCGAUGAAGGAGAACGAGCCGCGGUCCUGCAGCGUCUUCCUCAUCGGCACCAAGAAAGACUUGCUGGCGCCCGCGGAAUGCCAGAGGACCGAGAGAGACGCCAUCAAGAUGGCGGCCAACAUGCGGGCAGAGUUCUGGUCCGUCUCGUCCAAAACGGGGGAGAACGUGCGGGAGUGCUUCUUCCGCGUGGCGGCGCUGGCGUUCGAGGACAGCAUGCUGCAGGCCCUGCAGGGAGGGGCUCCCUCUCACAUCGGAUCCAGUGACCUCAUCAAGAUCGACCGUGACACAGCCGAGGACCCGCAGGCUGCAGAUGAGAAGAGGCUAUCCUGCUGUUAGAGAGAGCUGCGGAGCAGGGAGGAGGAGGAGGGGCGAGGAGGAGGGAGAGAAUGAGGGCUGCAGCGAGAAGCGAGGUGGGGCGAAGGCGGGGCCUGACCCGCAGACCAAUCGGCUCGCGUGCACCCUGCCUCGGGACGCACCUCAGUUCUGCGCCAGAUCUGGAUCCAAAAGCUGAAAAACUCCAACCAUUUUAUACUCAAUCAUGUGACUCGCCAGCCCUGCGGCUCCACCAGCCAAACUGCCGCCCAUCUGGAGGGGAAGCCAGCGGGGAGGGUCCCAAACUGCAGUCCUGGAGGGAGCAGUGCCUGCAGGUUUAACUCCAGUCCUGGAGGGCCGCAGUGUCUGCAGGUUUAACUCCAAUCCUUCGAAGUUUAACUCAAAGUUAAAAUCUGGCAGAUGCUGUGGCUCUCCAGGAUUUGAAUUUGAGAUCCCAGAUUUAUGGGGAGGACAUUUAGGCAGUAUUUCCACCCCUGCUGGGGGGGGGGGGGAUUCUAGUAUUAAUCAUGGUGAUAGUUCCUUUAACACAUCAAGCAAUUUUGUGUAUGCACAUUUGCAAAGUGGAAUAUUUUUAAAUAUGCAUAUAAUUAAAAAAAUGUCCGAUAUACAUAAAUAUUUAUGAAUUCUGCUACGUGCACACACA